AUGAAGUUGCGGAUUUAUUUUGGGCCGAAAUCCGUCAUUCUUUUGGACGCGAAUGACGUGGAGACACUCACCCGCCAAAUGGCACGACUUGUGCAGCUCGCACUUCCCGAUUUGUUUUCCAAGUUUGUUUUUCCGCAUGACGACAUCACCGCACCCCUCGUGACAGCCCACGGAAGCGCGAGAAAUGAGGUACUUGCGCGCCUUAUUCCCGAGCGGCCGGUAUCACAGAGUGAGAACGAGGCAAACUCCAACCAGUCAGGGUCCAGAAGAGAGUUGCAGUUCCAACUGAUACUGGAGGCGCAGACAAAGGCGUUUGGUCCACAGCUGAUCAUCAACCGGAAGCAGUGGGAGUGGACAAGAGAAUUUCUGCGGCGGGAGCUACAAUCGUUUGAUGUUGGUGUGCAUGAUGCGUCUUCAGAUGUUGUCGCCGGGGAUGGUGGGAACAGUAAAAAUAGCGGCGGAGGAGAGGGGAAUGAGGCUGCCAUCCCGUUGGAAGUAAUCCUGUUAUACCGCUGCUCCGAAACCGGGCUUCUUUGUGUCUGUAGGCAUGACAUGUUUGCAGAGGCGCCAUCGAUGCAGUCUGUUCCUCAAGGCGUGAAGGACAUCAGUGUUAUGGAUGCCCGCGGCAAAAAGAUGGGCGAGAUACGCAUCGACUUCAAGCAUCCACCGACGCUGCGCAGUCUUAAGCACUCGCUGCAGACGCUUCUCUGCUGGCCCUGUCUCAUGGAAAUAUCAUGCCGUAUUGCCGAAAAGGAGGGGCUUCUGUCGAUUGAAAACGACGCAGAUAUCACCAGCUUUGUCCACAGCGUGCAACACUUUGGCCAUCAAAACAUUUGCCUUGUUGUCUCUCUGCCGAGUCACUCUUGUUUGCCUCCGCUUCUUACCGGGACUGCUGCCCUCCCCAUAGAUGACCCGCAGCAGGGGGCGUCGCACAACAACGCGCCACCAACUGGUUUAUAUGACAACUUUGAGUCCGUGAGGCAAAAAAGGGAAGAAACACAAAAAAUGGUUGCUUUAUACGUGCAGCUUAUGCGGGGGCUUCGGAUAAAUGCUUAUGGCGUGGGAACACAGCAGAUGAAAGCACUGACUAAACAUUUUUCCGGCAAUGCCGUGACGUUGCCUGAAACAAGUGGAAUGAAAACAUUGACAGCAGCAGAAGCAGGAAGAAAAGGAACAGCAGCGCCUUCUACCGUUUGUGAUGUGUCAUUGCCGGGUGAUCACGAAGGUGAGACGGCGGUUGGGCGGCAAGGUCGUGAGUUACUCGUUAUCCAUUACGAGCUGGACCCGGUGGAGGUGCAUAUAACAGGCCACAUCACUGAAAUGGAGCUUCAGUCUAUUGCUGAUGCCAUUCUUGCAGUUUGUGCGCGGCAGAAUACGAGUAGUGAAGGUACCGUUGAGAAUAGGUUCCAGCGGGUUUCGGAUUCCAUGUUUACCCUGCAACUAGACAAAAUUAGUUUCCUCGGUGAUGCGCAGGUGGAGGAGCUGGAAGCGUGCCUCGUAGAUGUUGUCAAAAGCUUUGGCUGCCUUCAGGUCUGCGAAGCAACAAUGUAA